AUGAAUACCACCGGGGAGCCCGCAAAGGCUGCUGCCCCACCAGCGGUCCGGCGGCGUGGGCGGGGGACAUUCAACAGGCCGUUGCGAGCUGAAGAACCCACCGCGCCCAACGCCACAGCGAGUCAUGCGGGUGAUAAUGUUUCCGUAAUAACAACCGUCACAACCGCUGUUCUUCCCGCCUCAACAGGUCCGUCAACUCGGGUACCUGAGGAGGAUCUUGCGGCGGAAUAUGGCGGACAGAAGCGUGACAUUCCUCUCAACAUCCGUGAAAACUUCGGUGUGCAUGAGGAGGAACAGGUGGUGGACACGGUGCGGCAGCUUCUGUUCCGCGGAGAGAAGCGCCGGCGGUAUUGCGUUAUCGUGGGAAACCUUCAAAACCCCGACAGGCCCAUUACACUGAAACUGUUUGGUCAUAAAGGAUUGAAGCCAUUUAAACUACAGAACAAACUCAUCAGGUUAGUUAAUAUAAGCGUUAGCCGCCCACGUCUAAUCAAGCAAACAGAUGCAUCGAAGGAAGAACAAGAGGUGUGGAGUGGGGGUGGUAGCGACGAUGAGGUAAUUGCGGACGCUCAGGCUGACACUGUGACUAAGACCGAAAAUGAUUUCGACAAUCAAGGUUCCUGUGACCACGGACAGCAGCAAAAAUGGCGAAAAGAAGAACAAGAAGGCACACCGAAACGCGACUAUGAAAGCGAAAUCCAGAGGGCGCAUGAGCGACGAAACCCGGGAGGGGAUGGGGGAGUAAAGGAUGGUGAAGAAUCCCAACCGACCAUUCGAAUGAGUGGAAGUGAAGUGGAAAAAAACGGAAGUGGGGAUAUGGAUGUUAAGGCCAACGAGCGACCACCCAGUCAAUCUGGUGAAGGACGAGACCAGGGUUGGGAGGAGAAGACGAUGGAUACAGAAACUCGCGACGUUGAUGACUAUGCGAACGAGGAUGUGGUUUUGCCGCUCACCGUGGAGAUACGUGAUUCCACCGCCACCAACAUUGGUCAGCCGUCGUCCAUUGCGAACAGUCCUGUUCUCACCGCAGCACGCUUCGACACUCUUUAUGGUUAUUUUUUUCGUGAGUUUCAGCAUCUUCUGCAACUAGAGGAUGUUCGGAUGCAUCAAGUCUCUAUUAACCUUAGUCUUGGUGCCGUCUAUUGUUGUUUGGCCCGUGAGGGUUCGUACAUCACUCCGCUGAAAUACGCAACAUUUAGUGAGUUUGUACAGCGCAUGAACGAGGAAAGCAUGCAACUUUACUUCUUGAAGGACGCCCCGAUUUGUGUUUCCCGUGCUGUUGACAGGGAGUGCGGUGCGCUGCAGUCUGAGGCCGCAUUUUCGCUUGUCAAGAUUUACUUCUUUUCAAAUGAGCGGCAAAGCCGAACGGUUGCGCGGGCGAUGUGGGAUGCGCAUGAAAAUCGGUUCGUAUUGCUCGAUAUGGAGAACAUGGGCGUAACCUUCACAUGGACCGUCUUCUCCGUUGAUGAAACUGAUAUUCAGAAUAACCGAAAGAAACAUCAAGGGGAAGGCGUAAGCAAUGAUAGUGGUAUUCCCGAUGGUGACAGUGCUACGGAGACCGAUAAACCCAUGCGGAAGAAAACAGUAGCGUUCCCUUUCGAAUUGGAGCUCCGGGCCUAUCGUCGUUGGAAGCAGCACACGGAGCACCCGGUCGCCCCAAUUGCUGAGGCAAUCCUCGACAAACUUUCGUUGGCGGAGCACAAUCUCAUUCAGUACGGUUCCACAAUAGGCUAUGAGAAUAUGGACUUGUCGAAAGUAUGCGAUGCAGACGCCGAAUCAGAAGACUUUAACGUUGAGAGUAUCAUCGUCGAGCACACAUCAAGGGUCAAACCGCGCGGUACCGACCUAACGGUUGACAGUACCUCAUCAUUGUGGAUUGAAAACUUUGCCGCCGCCCGGGCACUUCGCGAGCGCAUGGCGAAAGGACUCGUUGGAAAUGAGGAAAGAAGUAACGUGAAAACGCGCCACGGGGAGCGGUCGGGGCGCAAGGGAGCGCCAGUUCCUAACGUAAAGCCAGUGACGCCCGCAUCCCGGUUGACAUUUUUUCGUUCUCGUGGUUCAACAGUGCACUGGAAACUUCGACCGGGAUACAGCACUGAGGAGAACCUCUCCCCUCUGAGCGAAGCUCUACAUUUUGUGCAACAGGUGCUCAAGACGGCAAACGAAAUUGAAGGCCGGUCCGCGCGUGGUGGUGUAGCACCUGAACCUUUAUAG